AUGCCGCAGGAAGUUGCCAUUCCAUUCCCAGUCCUUCUCAUAGGAGGCGAUUUUCAGAAACUGAAAAUCGCCUCCUGUGGAACAGAUUGGGAAUGGAAUGGGAACGUCUGGUGGCAUCGGCAGCGUUCCAGUGUGUGGGCAUUCCCAUCCUCUCUGGACAACAUCACCACCAAUGAUUGUACCCAUACAUCAGGAAACAGCACCCUGCUCAGCUCCUCAACCUCCAGUGUUGCUGGCAUCAUCUUUCUUCUCCUGGCUGCCACCAUAGGACUUCCUGGGAACCUCUUUGUCAUCUGGAGCAUCCUAUGGAAAAUGAAGCCAAGUCAACGCUCAGUCACUGGCCUUCUGGUCCUUAAUUUGGCACUGGCUGAUGGAACUGUGCUUCUUCUCACCCCCUUCUUUGUCCUCUUCCUCAUCUUCAAGAAUUGGUUAUUUGGCGUGGCCAUUUGCAAAGUGGUAUAUUACUUGUGUUGCAUCAACAUGUUUGCCAGCAUCUUUAUCAUCACCCUCAUGAGUGUGGACCGAUGCCUUGCAGUCAACACACCUUACUUCUCCCAAGCCAUUCGCAAGAAGCACUUGGUCAUCAAGAUCUUGUCAGGGAUUUGGCUGGCAGCCAUCCUGUUGUCCAUCCCAGCCUUCCUAUUCCGGGAGGUUGUGACAGAACCCUUACAGGGGCGUAAUAUCUGUGAGCCUUGCCAUUCCAGGCCAAGCUUGGCCAUCUUUCACUUCACCUUGGAAACAGUGGUGGCCUUUGUGAUACCAUUCACUGUCAUUGUUGGUUGUUAUUCUGCCAUUUUGAUACGCCUCAGGGGAGUGCGGAGAAGGCAAGGGGCUCGGACUGAAAAGCUCAUUGUUGCCAUUGUGAUUUGCUUUGCUGUCCUCUGGGUGCCCUACCACAUUGUCAACAUGAUCCAGGUGGCUUCAAACAUGGCAUCAGGAAGAACUGCAGACAAACUGGGUCAAGCUUGGAAGGGUGGACGAGCAGGUGCCACCGCACUAGCAUUCCUCAGCAGUAGCAUCAACCCAGUACUUUAUGUCUUUGCAGCUGGGAACCUCAUUAAGACAUCGGGGGCCAACUUCAUUGCCCAGUUCUUUGAGGCAGCAUCUGAUGGACUCGGCCGAAGGAGUCAGUCUCAGAAGAAUCUGGCCAAAGACUUGUUAACAGUGGCAGGCGUUCCUUUGGGCACAGAGCAACAGGCACUAGAAACUUGUGACAGAGGUCAGCAAGACAUUGAGUGUAGGCUGGAUGAUGGCAUGAAAGUUUAA